CCUUUAUAAAUAGGGGAAUCUUUUAGGGGGAGUUCCUAUAAUCCUAUUUAUUGAUAUAAUCGUUUUGUCGAUAAUUAUGGUGCAACUAAAAGAAUUGGCCAUAGGAAUUCAUUACUACUAGUAGUAUAUCCAUCAUAAAGAUUAGAGUUAUGCACAAUAACACUCACGCACGUGAUGCGCCUUGACAUCAUUUCGCAUGGAUGAUGUGCCUCGGCUCUAUUCCCGAUUCUUUACUUACCUCCUUACAUAUACAUACAUGUAUGUGCAUGUAGUAUUCACUACAACUUCUACAUAACUACAUUAUAUGUAACUUAUACUGGCUUCAGUCCAGAUCUUUUAUUCAGCCCCAAAAUUGUCAAUGUCUGUCCAAAUCGGCCUAUCAUUUUUAUUUUUAUAUUCCAAUUUCGGCUUCUUUGGCUUGCCUAUGGUGGCGCAUACGAAUCGUCAACAAUGUCGCUAGAGGUCAUCUACGUGGUCCGGCACGGGUUCCGCACAUCGUGGUCGGUUGAUCAUUCUACUGGCAAAUAUACUGCUACUAUUCGUUCUCCUACAAACUUGCCCACCGACCCAGCUCUCACGUCCCAUGGAGUUGAACAAGCAAAUGAAUUAGCAGUUCACUUACGACAGCUACAUCCACCGAUAGAAAAAGUGUAUUCUAGUCCUUAUUAUCGAUGCAUGCAAACUAUCCAGCCGUUCGUUCGCCAUCCCAGACAUUCUCAUAUAUCCGAGAAUGUCUCAGGAGACUCUACCAUCGGAAUUUGUGUAGACCUUGGGCUUAGUGAAUGGUACGGCUUGGCGCACUUCGAGCAUCCGUCAUCUGCGCCCCUGGAUGAGUUGCGGGGCUUUUUCCCUGAGCUCGAUGCAAGCUAUGCAUCUACCCCAGCGCCAGAGCGCCACGGGGAGUCUCUGCCCCAGCUGCACGAUCGCGUUGCGAAGGCCAUCGGAUCUAUUAUCCGACGCAGUGACCGAGAAGGUCACAAAGCUGUGCUCAUUUCUACUCACGCAGCAGUGGUCAUCGCCCUUGGGCGGGUUCUCACUGGCCAAAUGGAGAAAGACUUUGGUGCAUUUACAUGUGGAUUAAGUAAAUAUAAACGACGCAGUUCCGAUGACGGUCAACCCCCCAUAGACUUAGGUCUGAAGACCGGCCCUUGGGGCAUUACUUCGGCGGCGCGGGGCAGAAGCCAGAUCGGCGAAGUAAGGCCUGAAGGCCAUUCGGAUACUGAGCCUGCAGGCGAUGCCGAUCCCCAUCGAUACGACUCAGAAAGGCCGGGUCUCGGAUUAUUAAUAAGGGACAACCCUGAACGUUAUGGAGGUUGGAUUUGUGAGCUAGACUCUGAUUGUAGCUUUCUACGUGGUGGCGAGGAAAGAGGAUGGAAAUUUUCCGGUGACGAGUCAUUCAUCGAGACUGAUAGUGAUGGCAGCGUAUGGCCAUCGAACACCGCAUCUACUCCUGUUACGGCUGUUGACAGGACAGGGUUAGAAACCCACAACAGCCACAAUACUCCAAAUGUCAGUACAUCCAAGCUAUGAUCUUUCAUUGAUCUGAAAGACCAUGAAAACUAGGUGCCUUAGCUUUACUUGCCACCUGUCGUUGCAGCUUACGACAUGCACGUAAGCAACGUUCCCGCUUGUUCAUGUCGAUCGCGUGUCCUCCAACCUAGCGGCGUAGUGACGCCUUAAGGCCCGUUAUUAUCAUUGCAGACUAGCCAAAUCACAUCGCAUCAUUGAGAAUAGGCCACACAUUUCACACACAUAGAAUCCAUCGACUCCCCUUCUGUCACACAGAAGCUCCAAAAGCCUUUUCGCGUGCCAGUGUAACUGUUGUACGAGAACGGCUUCAACUGUUACAGAGUAAGUAAGGUAGUCAGCAUUGUAAGACCAGCCACUAGUAUACUAUGCAUCGACAAUGGUCAUAUGGCAUGUUUCAUAUGUUAAGGAGCCUCAGAACUAUUGAGUAUAGAUACACCUUAGAGUCGUGAAAAGGGAUGUAUAUCAUAGCAAAAGGACAGACAUCUCCACAUCUAGAUUGAGUCAAGUCUCACACUCUUGGCUUGUUAUGGAUGGAUGAUUCGGCAGCCACUAGGAUACUAGGUACAAAUAUGAUCUGUCACAAAAUCACGCAAAUCACUGGCAGAAUAAUGAGGAGUACUCAGUAACUAAACCAUCAUCGAAAC